CAGCUGCCUGUAGCCGUCGGCGGAGGAGCUCGCUCUGCCCGGGCCUGAGGCGCCGCCGCUCGGCUGAUUGGCAGAUCCGACCUGUGAAGUCUGCUCCAAAGCUGGGCACCUAUGGAAGAAUCAUCCCAGGAAAGACUCAGGAGUGAUGGUCCUUGUGACUCUCGAUCGAGUGAAACCUGGGGAGGUGAAGUCAAGUUAGAGGAGGAGCAGACCCAGCAUGUGAAAGUCAUCCAGAGGAAAGCCCCGAGUAAAUUGAGAAGCCGCGAAUAUAGUGAAUGUGGUCGACUCUUUGGUGUAGGGCCGAUUCUUUUUCCACCACAGAGAGUACCCAUAGGAAAGAACCUUCCCAAAUAUGACGCACACAGAAAGAGCUUCAGACUGUAUUCAGACCUAAGAAAACACAAUAAAAUUUCCUCAAAGAAGAUAUUUUCUAAGUAUAAUGAAAGUGGAAAAUCCUUCAGUUAUCAUUCAGACCUAAUUGAAUACCAUAGGCUACAUACAGGAAAGAAACCUUAUGAAUGUGGGAAAGCCACAUUGUGGAGAACACAACUUAUUCAACAACAGAGAAUUCAUACUGUAGAGAAACCUUAUGCAUGUAUUGAAUGCGGGAAGGCCUUCUGCAAGAGGACACAGCUUACUCAACAUUUCAGAAUCCAUACUGGAGAAAAACCUUAUGAAUGUAGUGAAUGUGGGAAGACUUUCCGACAGAGUGCACACCUAACUCGCCAUCAGAGAAUUCAUACUGGAGAGAAACCCUAUGCAUGUAAUCUGUGUGGGAAGGCCUUCAACCACAGUUCAUCCCUUGCCUCCCACCAGAGAAUUCAUACUGGAGAGAAACCUUAUGGAUGUGAUCGAUGUGGAAAAGCUUUCAAUCACAGUUCUUCUCUUGCUUCUCAUCAGAGAAUUCAUACGGGGGAGAAACCUUACGAGUGUAAUGAAUGUGGAAAAGCCUUCCGCCAGAGCACGGAACUUACUAGACAUCAAAAAAUUCAUACUGGAGAAAAACAUGAAUGCACUGAGUGUGGAAAGGCUUUCCACCAGAGUUCACACCUUACUCGACAUCUGAGAAUUCAUACUGGAGAGAAACCUUAUAAAUGUAAUGAAUGUGGGAAGACUUUCAAUUAUAGUUCAUCCCUUGCUUCUCAUCAUAGAACUCAUACUGGAGAAAAACCUUAUGGGUGCAUUGAAUGUGGCAAAGCCUUUGGUAAAAGGACACAGCUUAUUCAACAUUGGAGAAUUCAUACUGGAGAGAAACCUUAUGACUGUAAUGAAUGUGGAAAGGCAUUCCGUCAGAGCUCACAGCUUACUCGACAUCAGAAAAUUCACACAGGAGAAAAACCUUUUGAAUGUGAUGAAUGUGGGAGGGCCUUCCGCCAGAGAUCACAGCUUACUUACCAUCAGAGAAUUCAUACUGGAGAAAAGCCUUAUGAAUGUAAUGAAUGUGGUAAGGCCUUCUGUCAAAGCACUGAACUUACUCAACAUCAUAGAAUUCAUACUAGUGAGAAACCUUUUGAAUGUCAUGAAUGUGGUAUGGCCUUUCGCCUGAGUACUGGACUUACUCGCCAUCAGAAAAUCCAUACUGGAGAGAAACCUUACGAAUGCAGUGAAUGUGGGAAGGCCUUCUGUCAGAGAGCAGAACUUACUGUACAUCAUAGAAUCCACACAGGAGAGAAACCCUAUGUGUGUAAUGAAUGUGGGAUGGCCUUUCGACAGAGCUCACAACUGACUCCACAUCUCAGAAUUCAUACUGGAGAGAAACCUUAUAAAUGUAAUGAAUGUGGAAAGGCCUUCAAUCGCAAUUCAUCCCUUGUUUCCCAUCACAGAAUUCAUACUGGAGAGAAACCUUAUGAAUGUAAUAAAUGUGGGAAGGCCUUCCGCCGGAGUACAGGACUUACUCGACAUCAGAGACUUCAUGUUGCAGAUAAAUCUUAUGAAUGUAAUGAUUAAGGGAAAGUUUUCCUCCAAAACAUAUCUUAACAUCAGUUCAUUAGUGAAGUCUUAUAUUUUGAUCCCCCCUUUUUUUUUUAAAGUAUGUAAUAUUACAUUUUGAUGUAAGAUACCUCCUGACAACCAUCCUCCAGAAAGUUUUUUGCUUUUGUUAACAGAAAGAAUGGAUGUUCUAUUUACUUUGGAUAGUAUGGUAGUAACAUUGACCAUUGUAUUUGACUAGCAUUUUGUUGCUUCAUAAUUCUGAAUUUAUUAACGCUGUUGUAGUCAUUGUGUAUUUUGUGUUUUGGCUCUGCUUUCAUUACUUUGCAGUGCUUCAUAUAAGCUCUUCUCUGUGGUUUUCUGAAUUUUUUAUUCUUCCUUACAGCACAGUAAUAUGUAAUUACAUUCAUAUACCACAAUUUGUUCAGUUAUUCCUUUGAUUGUUGAACACAUACUUUGUUUCCAGAUUUUUGUCGUACAUCAUGAUGUUAUGAAUAUUUUUGGAGCAUCUGGGUCUUUUUGUUGUUGCUAAUGCCCUGUUUGGGAUAUAGUCCCAGGAAUAGAAUCUCAGGGUCAGAGGGUACGAGUAAUUUAGUAACUUUUCUUUCACAAUUUCGAUUUUCUCUUCUUGUUUGAUUGAACCAUUUUAUAGCUUGAUUAGAAGUGAAGUUAUCUGUCUACCUUCUCAAAUCCUUUCUAACUAUAUGUUUCCCAUCUUUUGGGAUUGAGGUUAUUCCUCGGGGUUGUUUCAAUUUGAAUUUUCCUGAUGAUUAGUGAUGUAUGUUGAACAUUUUUCAGGUGAAUUUUGUUAAACUGUAUCUUCUUUUGAAAACUGUUCCUAUCCUUUGAUCAUUCAUCUAUUUCAGAGUAACUCUUGAUCUCAGAUUUGUAUUCCUUUUUGGUUUUGGAUGCAAUACUUUUAUCAGAGACGUUUAAAGGGAAUAUUUUUUCUCCCAACAUGUAUCUUCUGGUUCUAGAUGCAUUGAGUUUAUUUGUGCA